AUGGCAACGCCCUGUCUCUUUCAAUUGCGUCACAUCCUUAUUCGUCCCUCGACUGGACCAAUAACAGUAGUCCGGACCUUUUCCUCCAGCGCCCCUUUCUUCUACUCCAGAGCCAAGAACUCCUCCUCCAAAGCACCAACAACAACAGCAACAGGUUCAGGCACCAACCCAUGGAAGAAACUGACAAACAGCAACAACAGUAGCCCCUAUGUGCCACCUGCAAACUCGGUUUUGGCCUAUGUCGGACCUUACGCUUCCUCGCUGCGUCAAUGCAAGACUGUGGCCUUUGUGUUUGGUGCAUGCGGUUGUAUUGCUGUGCCUUCAACCCUCUUUCUCGGAAACACUGAACAUUUCUUGGCGAUCAUGGCUGGAGUGGUAUCAUUGUCACCAUCGAUUCUGCUGCAUGCGCUAUUCCGCAACGAAGUGACCAAGAUCCAUGUCCAGGGCUCGCUCUCGACAAAGACACCAGCCCCUACAGUAACUGUGUCGACAAAGGACGCGCUCAAGUUGACGUUAGAGAAGCUCAACUGGCGUGGUGUGCCUCAACCAUCCCAGGUCCUGUCGACCAAUAUCUUUGUUCAAUCCGAGACUGACAAGUCUGUCACCUGGACGACAGCUUCUGCCACUACUCCAGCUUCAGCAACCAAGCCUGGUUCCCGACAGUCACCGAAGGUGCCUUCAGCGGCGGCAGCGCAGGUUCCUAGGAAGGAAACUUAUCGUGUGAACAAGCAGAUGAUGCUGAGUAACCCCAGUUUCUCGUUUGUGAUGGAUCAGAUCGAGCACCAGUCUCGGCUCUCACACGGCAAGGCCACUCAAUCUUAA